CAUUAGCACUAUCUAGUGAAUUAGUUGUGUCAGUAGCAGCUGAAAAUAAUUCAUUAAAUGAUAAUGCAGCAAGUUCAACUCUGGUAGCAAUAACUCUAAGCAACAAAAACGAGGACUAUACAAUAAA